AUGGACGAGCACUCCUGCCCGCUCAUCUUCUCCAGCUAUGGCUACCCCAAGGAGGAGAUGAUCUACCGGUGGAGGAAGAACUCGGUGGAGACGGCCAACCAGAAGUCCUGGCGGCUCUACCAGUUUGACUUCAUGGGCCACCGGAACACCACGGAGACCCUGACCACGCCCUCAGGCGACUACGUCCUCAUGACCAUCUACUUCGAGCUGAGCCGGCGGAUGGGCUACUUCACCAUCCAGACGUACAUCCCCUGCAUCCUCACCGUGGUGCUGUCCUGGGUGUCCUUCUGGAUCAAGAAGGACGCCACGCCGGCGCGCACGGCCCUCGGCAUCACCACGGUGCUGACCAUGACCACACUCAGCACCAUCGCCCGGAACUCGCUGCCCCGCGUGUCCUACGUGACGGCCAUGGACCUCUUCGUGACCGUGUGCUUCCUGUUCGUCUUCGCAGCCCUCAUGGAGUACGCCACCCUCAACUACUACUCCAGCUGCCGGAAGCCGGCCGCCGCGAGGAAGAGGGCGCCGUUACUGCGUCCAGACUCCUCCAGGUGGAUCCACGAGCGGAUCGCCCUGCAGGCCCCCUCCAACUACUCCCUGCUGGACGUGCGGCCGCCGCCGGCCGUGGUGGCCCUCAGCCACGCGCGGUACUGGCCGGAGCUGGAGGAGGCGUGCGGGUACGAGUGCCUGGACGGCAAGGACUGCCAGGGCUUCUUCUGCUGCUUCGAGGAGUGCAAGGCGGGGCCCUGGCGGCGCGGCCGCCUGCACAUUGACCUGGCCGAGCUGGACGCCUACUCCCGCGUCUUCUUCCCCACCUCCUUCCUGCUCUUCAACCUGGUCUACUGGAUCGGCUACCUGUACCUCUGA